AUGGACCUGAACUCCAGCGAGGCUCCGCCCCUCACCGAGCUGAGCUUCGAGCGGCGGUUCGACGACACAGGUUCGAUUCUCUGGAUGAAAGACAACUGGAAUAUAUCCUUUGUGUUCUGUGCUCUUUACGCCGCCCUGGUGUUUGCGGGGAAGAACUACAUGAGGCCCCGCCCCCGGCUGAGCCUGCGGCUACCGCUCGUCCUCUGGUCGCUCAGUCUCGCCCUCUUCAGCAUCCUUGGUGCCCUCCGGACCGGUUCCUUCAUGUUCCACAUCCUGAGCAGCGCUGGCUUCAGGAGCUCUGUGUGUGACCAGAGCUUCUACAGUGGACCGGUCAGCAGGUUCUGGGCCUACGCCUUCGUCCUCAGCAAAGCUCCGGAGCUCGGCGACACUGUGUUCGUGGUGCUGAGGAAGCAGAAGCUGCUCUUCCUGCACUGGUUCCACCACAUCACCGUGCUGCUCUACUCCUGGUUCUCCUACAAAGACAUGGUGGCCGGCGGCGGCUGGUUCAUGACCAUGAACUACUGCGUGCACGCCCUCAUGUACAGCUACUACGCUGCGCGCGCCGCCGGCCUGCGCGUGCCACGCCCCUUGGCCGUGCUCAUCACCAGCGCUCAGAUGGCUCAGAUGGCGAUGGGCCUGGCCGUGGUCGGGCUGGUGUACGGCUGGAUGCCGCAGGGCGACUGCCACUCCCACCUCAGCAACCUGCUGUGGGCGGCGCUCAUGUACCUCAGCUACCUGCUGCUCUUCUGCAACUUCUUCUACCACGCCUACCUGCGCCGCCACGCCCCCGCCAAGACCGAGUAGGAGGGGCCAGGAGGGGCGGAGUCAGUGACGAGGACGAGGAAACAGGAAGUCACAUGAUCAUCCAAACAGUUUGAUUUUGAUCAACGAGCCGAUGACCAGUUGAUCGAUCGUGUUUCGGGACAAAAGUAUUCAUGAGACGAAUGAAGGCUUCUGAUUGGCUGCUGGACGAGUUCAUGACAGUUCCUCUGUGUUAUGUUCAUUUAUUUAUAAUGUUUGUGAUGUUAUUGUGUUACUCAUGUCAUUGUGUUACUCAUGUCAUUGUGGGUGUGUCGGCUCUUCAAAGGAAACGAUGACGAGGAUCUGGAUGAAAACAUCGGUCACUGAAGUUUGUGACGAGAGAAAAAUAUUUGAUAUAUUGUUAAUAAAGUUUUUUACAUUUAU